AUGCAAGAUCCGUUUGACCAAAAGAAAUCUCAGAUAUUGAAAGAUAUCUACGACUCAGAAGGACCUGAUGCGUCACCUAAAGGAACAAUCGAUGAACUGUGUAUUCCUAUAAUGGAACUUAUCAACACUAAUAAGGACAUGGUUACGACAUCUUCAUGUUCGGGGAGAGUGAGCGUUUUUGUGGAAGGUUCGAAAGGAGAUUACCAGGAUAAAAACGGUGUCAAGAUUGGAGCCAAAGGUGAUGGCGGCCAUUGGUUAUUUGUGACCCAUGACGAAAAUGAGGUUCCCAAUUGGUGGAUAGACAAAAGCUUGGUCUUUAAUACUUCAGCAGCUACUCGUGAGGGCCUAAGGGAUGAUACGAGGUAUAUCCUGUACAAGUUCGAACCUUUGAUUCUACAUGUGAAAUGUCGCAAUCGGGAAACGGCACAAAAACUCUACACAACGGCCAUGGGAUGUGGAUUUCGAGAGUCAGGAAUUGGGACCAACAAUCUAGUGGGAAUAAGAAUAUCGAUAAAACUAGAUGUGCCUAUUGGCCUCUAUGAUGCGUCAACUGAGAAAUGUCACAUGUUCAUGGCGGAGGAUUACUUGAGCGUGUUGACGAAACUGUCAUUGGAUAGGUUCAAGGAGAACAGGAGGAAGUUACAGCAGCUAUACGAUGCCAUAGAGCACUCGUUGAAAGAAGAUUCUCCCACCAAGAAAGAGUCAAAACAGGAGAGGGCCAACCGGAUGAUGGAAGAGGGAUUGGCAAGAAGAGAAACCGUCAGGUUGAGAAAGCAACAGGAGAAAGAGUUGAAACAGAAACUUGCUGAUGCUGCUGUGUCUAACUGA